AUGACCAGUGAAAAUAACUUGAAUACAAACAAAGACGUUACUGUAAAUGGAGAAGAAAAAGUAUCACUAGAAGAAGAAGAAUCAUCGACUACAAUAGAUACAAAGAAUGUAAAAGAACCAGCUGUUGAUUCUAUUGAAGAAACAUUACCAAUAGAUGAAGGAAAACAAAUGAAUGGUGAAAAAUUUGAUAAUGUCGAUGAAAAAAAAGAAAAACGUGAUGUUUCAUCUAACUCAGAAAAUGAAACAACAGCAGAUGAUGAUAUGGAUACACAACCACUUUUCGAACAACCAAUUGUACUUGAAGGAAAACGUUCGAGAAAGCCAACAUUACGUCUUGAAAUACUUGAAUCAUUACCAACUAAAAAAGAAUUAUCUAUUCCACAGGGUCAUGGUAAACCAUUAGGUGAAAUUGAAUAUAUUAAUUAUCAAAUUACUCAUGCUUCAAGUGAUACUUUAUCUCGAAUGCGUUAUGUUUGUUUCGGCCGACGAGGAAAUAAAGCAAAUAUUCGAAAAAAUCUUCGAGAAUUCAAAGGCUUUGAAUUUAAACGUCAAAGUGAUGAAUAUGAAAAACAUUUAAGUAAUUUAAUCAAAUUUAAAAAAGAUGAAUUACGAUCCAUAUCAAAUGUUCUUGGUUUACCAUCGACUGGUCGUAAUACUGAUCAUGCUGAACGAAUAUUAAAUUUCUUAGUUGAACCAAUUGAUGAAGGUAAACGAAUACCGAAACGAAAAUCAACAGUACGUUCAACGAAAAAACGUACUAAAACUUCCAAACAAUCUGUAAAUACAGAUCAAGAAAAUGAUAAAUCUUCAAAUAAAACUAUUAAACGAAAAAAAGAUACUUCUACAAAAUCCAAAGCUAAAUCUGAAGAAAUAGUAAAUGAAAAUGAUACUACAGAUGAUAAUAAACAAAUCGAAGCAAACAAUGAAAAUGAAAUUCGAUCACUUCUUGAUAGUCUUCAAUUCCAACUUUAUAAUAAAUUAUUACUUGAUCACGAGGUAACUAAUGAUCCUCAACGAUUUUAUUGUCCACAUGUUGAUUGUGGUCAUAUAUUAAUAAUAUCUAAUAAACGAUCAAUGACAUGCACAAAAUGUCAAACGAAAAUUUGUCUUAAAUGUCGAUGUCAAUGGCAUCGAAAUAAACGUUGCUCUAAUUUACUUACAUCAUGUGAAAUGGAAAUUCAUGAAAAUAUAAAAUAUUGUCCACGAUGUCAUUUUCUAAUAGAAAGAGUAGCUGGUUGUGCACAAAUCAUAUGUACUAAUUGUAAACAUACAUUCUGUUGGUAUUGUUUAAAACCUUUAAAUAAUGAUUUUUUCUUAUUACAUUUCGAACGUGGUCCUUGCCGAAAUCGACUUGGUCAUUCUCGUUUAUCAUUAUUUCUCCAUCGUCUUCUGAUGUUAAGUUUAAUUGUACUUUUGAUUAUUCUUUUAAUUAUUUGUUCACCAUUACUUAUUCUACUAACACCUCUUCUUAUUUGUUUUCGAUAUAAACAACUCAAAACUUAUUUUAAUAAACUGAUGAAAUGGGAACAACCUUUACCAACAACCCAUCAAUCUUCCGAUUAUAUAGAACAGUCAACAAGAAAUCCGUUAAUAGUUUCAUCAUUGGAUAUAGAUAAGUCUUUUCCAAUAUAUGAUGUAUGA